AUGGCCAAGAAGAAAGCGCCUCAGCUGGACGCGUGGUGCUGGUAUUGCGACCGCGAAUUCGAAGAUGAAAAGGGCGGCCUCGCGGUGCAUCUGGGGCAGGUACACAAGGCCGAGCCGGGAUUACUCGAGAAUACGCUGCCUGGACGUGCUUCGUUCGACAUCGAGAUCUACGGCAUGGUCGGCGUGCCGGACGGCGACCUACGCGAGUGGAUGGCGCGCAAGGGCGCGCGACAGCAGCAGCAGGGCGCGCAGCCGGUGCAGCACGCGCCGAAACGGCCGCGCAUCGAUCGCGCGCCUCUCUCGGCUGAGCAGCUCCGCGCACAGCUCGAGGCACACAAGGCGCUCAUGAAUGGCAUCGCGCCGACCGCACCUGUGAUGUACGGCGUGCCGAGCACGACAGUGCAGGCGCAGGCGCCUGUCGCUGCGCCGGGACCCGAGGUGGCAGCGCCGGCUCCAGCGCCGGAGCCGGCGCCGUCCGUGCCCCAUGACGCGCCCCCUGCGCCUCUGUCUGCCCCGGAAGCAUCUGUGUCGCAGGCGGCGCCUGUACCUGCGCCUGUGCCGCCGGUGGUGACGCCGGUCGGACCGCCGCCGCCGCCGCCAGCUGCGGAAGAGCCGGUGCCUCCGUCCGACGCCCCCCCCGCCAAAAAAGCGCGCUUGGCAUACACCGACACGGAGCUGCACCCCGACGAGAAGCGGGCGCAGCUGCCGCGGUACGCAUAUCGCGAGUCGGCUCCGCACGCUGGCCGCCCCAGCGCCGCAGAGCUCUUUUAA